UUAACUUGGCACAUUUCUCCACGGAAUUUGGCAGCAGCAGCCACACCACCCAGAACCCGCGAGAAGCGAGCGAAGGGGUGUGGUGACUGGCCGUACCCGCUCGUUGCCUGCAGUGUCCCACAGGGAAGCCACGUUUGUCGUCGAAGAAGAGGCGGUUUUUUUCCUCCUCCUCCACGGUGGAAGCAUCCGAUCGGUCGGGGGCGGCCGGUGGGAGGAGGCAGAGAGUCUGCAGCUGCCGCACCGCACUCCCUCUUUGACAGGCGCAGGAGGACGGAAGCAACCUCGCCGCUCAUGUCUACGGAUCUAUGCGAAGGCCGGGUCAAAGAAGCGCAGACCAGGCCGUCGGACCCCUGCAGCGGCGCCAUGGCGUCCAUAGCGGAGUACUACGCCGGCAAGAACGUGCUCAUCACGGGAGCCACGGGCUUCAUGGGCAAAGUCCUGGUGGAGAAGCUGCUGAGGUGCUGCCCGGAGGUCCGAGCGCUCUUCCUGCUGGUCAGACCCAAAGCCGGCCAGUCCAUGCAGCAGAGGGUGGACGACAUGAUGAAGUGCAAGCUGUUCGACCGUGUGCGAGAGGACAACCCAGACUUCCACCAAAAGAUCGUGCCCGUGUGCAGCGAGCUGACGCAGCCUGGCCUCGCCAUCAGCGACGAGGACGCCGCCAAGCUCGCCGCCUGUGUCAACAUCGUCUUCCACUGCGCCGCCACCAUCCGAUUUGACGAGCCGCUCAAACACGCCCUGCAGCUCAACGUGAUCGCCACCCAGCAGCUCCUCAGCCUGGCUCAGCGCAUGCGCCACCUGGAGGCCUUCAUCCACAUCUCCACCGCCUAUGCAAACUGCAACCGCAAGCACAUCGACGAGGUCAUCUACCCACCACCUGUCGAGCCCCGGAAGCUCAUUGAAUCCCUCGAGUGGAUGGAAGACGGCAUCGUGCGCGACAUCACGCCGCGGCUCAUCGGCGACCGGCCCAACACGUACACAUACACCAAAGCCCUGGCGGAGUACGUGGUGCAGCAGGAGCAAGACAAGCUCAACAUCGGCAUCAUCCGGCCCUCCAUUGUGGGAGCCAGCUGGCAAGAGCCCUUCCCGGGCUGGAUCGACAACUUCAACGGGCCAAGCGGAGUGUUUAUCGCUGCUGGCAAAGGGAUCCUGCGCACCAUGCGGGCCAACAACGACGCGGUGGCCGACCUGAUCCCCGUGGACGUGGUCAUCAACCUGACGCUGGCUGCCGGCUGGUACACGGCCGUGCACAGACCCAAAACCGCGCUGGUGUACAACUGCACAACCGGCGGCAUCAACCCGUUCCACUGGGGCGAGAUCGAGCACCACGUGAUGUCGUCCUUCAAAAGGAACCCUCUGGAUCAGGCCUUCCGCAGGCCCAACGCCAACAUCACGUCCAACUAUCUCAUCAACCAGUACUGGAUCCUGGUCAGCCACAAGUUCCCCGCCCUCAUCUACGACCUGGUCCUGCGUCUCUCCGGACAGAAGCCACAGAUGAUGCGCAUCUUCAACCGGCUGCACAAAGCCAUCAGCCUGCUGGAGUACUUCAGCAGCCAAGACUGGGAGUGGAACUCCGACAACAUGAGCAUGCUGAUGGCUCAGCUCAGCCCGGAGGACCGCAAGACGUUCAACUUCGACGUGCGCCAGCUCAACUGGCCCGAGUACAUCGAGAACUACUGCAUCGGCACCAAGAAGUACGUCCUGAACGAGGACAUGUCCGACAUUCCCGCCGCCAGGCAACACCUCAGGAAGCUGAGGAACAUCCGCUACACUUUCAACACCCUCCUGGUGGUCUUCAUCUGGAGGGUCUUCAUCGCCCGCUCGCAGAUGGCCCGAAACAUCUGGUACUUUGUGGUCAGCCUGUGUUUCAAGUUCCUGUCCUACUUCCGUGCAUCCAGCACCUUGACCAACUGAUGAGGCUUCCUGCCGCCAGACUCUCGGGCGAGUGAGCGAGCAUGGACCGGCGAGGUCGGGAGGGGAGUUGGGGGGGGUCAACGCUGUGCACUGGAUGACACGGGUGCACGGCCAGAACUCGUCCACACACACACACACACACACACAAAAGUGUUAUCCAUUCGAUACCUUGCUUCCCUCUCUAAAUAUAUGCAACAAUUCCUCGCCGUCGUCAUGGUCACUCUGCAUACUUGCCUUCUGCUUCUUUUACUUGAAACGCGAUUUUUUUUUUUUUUUUUAUGAAACCAGAGGACAGCCAAGUCGUCUUUGAGGUGAUUUGGACAUCUGCACGUCUUCUAGUACUUGUACCUACUGCCUUUUUCAAGAUGGAAGCAUUCUUUGUCUGGAGGCCAGCCCCUCCCUGACCGUCUUUCCCGCCAACUUUGUACAGCGGUUUGUACUGACAAUGCGUUUACUACUUUUUCAUCUUUGUACUCGGCUCAGAGCUCCCGUGUGCUACAAAUGGAGGCUGCAUUGAGUUUAAAAAAAAAAGAAAAAGGAGUGCAGGGUUUAUUUGCGUCGAUAACCGAGCGAGGCCGCCCCUUUCUGACGACUACUUCCUGUUCUUAUGCCCAAAUGUUAAGCACAGUCAUUUCAAAGUGUAAUCGGCGGCUUUCUUCGCAGUUUUGACGCAAUUUUCUUCAAGGCAAGCGGCUUGAGGUUGAUCAGUAUUGAGGAAAAGCAAAGGGGCUAAGUACACACCCCCUGAGGGACGCCUCCAUUCACCAGACAGGACCUACGUCAUUCAUUUCUGCUUACAGAUUCUUGAUUUGGAAGAUGUGUAAAUAGUUUAUCAUUCUUCUAAACCACCAAAAAGGGAGCGUUCUAAAGGCGGAACACACAAAGUACAGCGUUCUUUGGUACGCAAUACAACCGUGAGCCGUUCAGAGGAAAAAACAAAAGGGACAAAAUGUUUAUGCAAAGUUUAUUUUUACCAGCCCCCCAAAAAACAGUGUUUGAUCCCGUGCUUGUCGUGGUGGUGGUCACGUGGGACGAGCGCCGACACCUCAAACUACGACAAACACGACCGACGACUUCAUCUCGUUCCAUCUGAUGUCUGAGCGUGUCAGCUCCGUGCUUCAUUCAAGUGUGAAAUAAACCAAACCAGAGCGUGCACCUG